AUGUCGAAGCCGUCGAAGAACGACGACCCGCGCACCCAGGUCACCCGCGAACUGCCCGUCAUGUUCCGCCCACCCGUGAACCGGGCAAUGCGGACCCUCGACCGAUCAUUCUUCCGCAAGACAGUGCCCCUCACUUCAGCUCGGAUCUUCCAGAAUUCCGAGAUCUCGCGCGUGCGCAAGGAAUUGGCCACCGCUAAGGAUCUUCUUGCUUUGCCGCGACUGUCGAGUGUGCAGGAGAUUCCAGACCAGGAUGGGACGGUACGGAAGGCGCUUUUGUUAAGGGAGACGGUUAAACAUGAUGACAAGUCAACGUGGUCGCCCAAGAUUACCGAACUCGUUGAGAAGGGAACUGUGGCCGUGGGACCGUUCGAGCUGGCAUUGGAUUAUGAUUAUUGGAGCUAUGCUGAAAUCAUGAGCGCUAUUCUCCCCGAGCAGGAAAACGCAGAGGUCCCUCAGGGCUUCACACAGGUGGGGCAUGUUUUACAUCUGAACCUCCGCGAACACUGGCUCCCAUUCAAGACCCUCAUUGCCGAAGUUCUCAAAGACAAAAACCCCACCGUCCGAACAGUCAUCAACAAGACCGAAGAUGUCGGCUCGCACAGCCAAUUCCGCACAUUCCCCUUCGAACUUCUAGCCGGCGAGAACGACCUGAACGUCGUCCAGCACGAACAAGAUUGCGAGUUCCACUUCGACUACGCCCGCGUAUACUGGAACAGCCGUCUGGAAACCGAGCACCGCCGACUCGUGGAGAAGUUCCGCCCCGGACAGAUGGUCUGCGAUGUCAUGGCUGGCGUUGGUCCCUUUGCCGUACCAGCCGGCAAGAAGAGAAUCUUCGUGUGGGCGAAUGACCUGAAUCCUCACGGGUAUGAGGUUAUGACAGACGCUGUACAGCGCAACAAGGUCAAGGACUUCGUCACUCCACACAACAAGGACGGACGGGACUUCAUCCGCGAUUCAGCGAAACAGCUUCUCGAGGCCGAGCCUGUGACUGUGACGAUUCAGCCCAAGGGCGGACGGAGGGACAAGAAAAGAAAGGCAGACGGCAGCCAAGACCUUCAGCCUCCGUCUCAACCUCAACCUCCCGCCCUGGUCUACCAGCGUCCCUCAGUCGUGGACCACUACGUAAUGAACCUCCCCGCGACAGCAAUUGAAUUCCUCGACGCUUUCCAGGGGGUGUAUGCAGGCCAGGAAUCCCAGUUUGCGCCUCACACGGAGCAAAAACUACCCAUGGUGCACGUCUACUGUUUCUCUGGACACUCGGAGAACGAGGUCGAUGACCAUGUAGAUAUCUGCGAGCGCAUCUCCGAGCGCAUUGGGUAUACGAUCACGCCAGAGGACCGUGUUGAUGGCAGCGGUAAUGCGGCGAUCGAACUUGCUAUCUUUAAUGUGCGACUGGUCAGUCCGAAGAAGCAGAUGUUCUGUGCUAGUUUCCGGAUUCCGCCUGAGGUUGCUUUUCGGAAGUAG